UUCGAUCAUUAAAUUAUCGGAAAAGCUUCUUGUCGGGCGUGUCGGGUCGGUCCACCCGUGAAUCAGUGAAACGUAAGUCUCCGCUGGCGGCUGCUGCUAAAGGAAGCAAAAAUUGUUAGCUAUGGAGGAGACGGAGAGGAAAAGGUGGAAGCAGAAAAAGAACCCUAAUUUGAGUGUAAUUAACAACUUAGAUGAUGGUUGCCUUAUGCACAUCUUCAGCUUUUUAUCUCCUAUUCCAGAUCGGUAUAACACGGCCCUCGUUUGCCACAGAUGGCAUUUCUUGGCAUGUCACCCUCGUUUGUGGCUUCGAGUAGACCGUUCUGUCAAAGAUGUAUCUGAACCCGGUGUGUUCCCCAGCAUUGAGACGGCUGUAUCUGCUGCUAGACCUGGGGACACCAUUCUUAUCUCAGCGGGUGGAAAUCAUCUUGCGUCCAAUAUUCAAAUAAACAAACCACUCUGCCUGGUUGGUGGAGGAGACGUACCUGAUGAAACCAUGCUCUUAUGUUCUCGAGGCUCAGACAGUGCACUGGAGUUCCUGUCUACGUGCAAAUUGACGAACCUAACAGUCAAGGCAGAGCUUGGUUGCUGCUUGCUUCACAGAAGUGGAAAAUUAACUGUAGAUAGCUGCAUACUUCAGUGUGAGUCGGACCCUUUGGACUACCUCUCAUGCCCGAUUGUGAGUAGAGCCAGAGAGCACGAAGGAUUUGCUUCCUCGGUCAGGACUAAAGGCGACGGUGUUUCUGUUUCUCAAACAAGAAUUGAAGGAGGUGCCAAGGCUGUCCUUACAGAUGGAGAUCUUGCCUUGCAGAGAGUUCGAGUCAUCUAUUCUCGAGCUUAUGUUUAUUUCUGGUUUGAUAUAGGACAUGAAUGAUUGUUCAAGUUUGUGUUAGCCUGUACUGUAAUGAUGCUAGCAUGUUAAUUAUUUGUAUAAUUUCUUUUAAUAUAUUUUUUUAGGUUCA